AUGGCCGACCAAGAUUACAUCAACGUCACCGUGCCGGAUCUUCAUCUCCCGGCCUCCUCACCUGCUUCAAACACACCACCAAAACAGCCGACACAACCAACACCGUUUAGGGGACGAAAUUCAACACAUACACAACGCCCUCUUCCUCGCAUAUCCCGCGACAAAAACGACAAUCUAGCCAUUGUCGAGACGCACAUGGACGCCGCCAUACUCUCCACAGCAGCUGCCGACGUACGGGCGGGCGUGGUCGACGACGCGAAUGGCACGAAAAGAGAUAUCGAGAAGGGCGUGACGACAGCUGAAAAGGUUGAGGCAACGCAGAUUAUGCCACCACCAACUCCGGCAACACCGCACACGCCUGAUGGACCGCCUGACCGGUCGAUCCCCGACGCCGACCUGAUCCCCACCCAGCGUGCCGAGCGCAUGUACGCCCGCUACUCGCCCGCCCAGAAAUGGCUGUUCUGUGCCAUUCUGUCGCUCUGCAGCUUGCUGUCGCCCAUUGCCACGACCGGCUGCCUGACGGCGCUGGCCGAGAUUGCCGAGACCUUCCACACGUCCGGCAGCAUCAUCAACAUCAGCAACGGCCUGUACACGGGCGCCAUGGGCGUGUCGGCGUUUGUCUGGGGCGUCACGGGCGUGCUCGGCGGCCGCCGUGCGGCCUUGCUGCCGAGCGUCGUGGCCUUCACAGCCUUCUCGCUGGGGUCGGCGCUGUCGCCGAACCUGGCGUCCUUUUUCGUCUUUCGGAUCCUCAGCGGGUUCAGCGGGACGGGUCUGCUGGUCUGCGGCCCGGCCGUCGUGGGCGACCUGUACCGCCCGACCGAACGCGGCACCGCCUUGGCGUGGAUCCUGAGCGGCACGCUGGUCGGUCCGGCCGUGGGCCCCUUGAUCGGCGGCCUCCUCGUCACGUACGCGAGCUGGCGCAGCAUUUACUGGUUCCAGACGGGGCUGGCCGGGCUGGCCGCCGUCCUGACUGUCCUGUUCCUGCCCGAGACCGCGCAUGCUCGCCGCUGGGACGCCAUCCCCCGCGACCAGCGCGUCCGCGAAUGCCUGGCCGCGUACAGCCCCGUCCGCCUCGUCCGACUCUUCCGCCGCCCCGACCUCUUUCUCGUCGCCCUCGCCUCGUCAUCGCUCAUCUGGAACAUGUAUGCCUUUUUCGCGCCCAUCGUCUACGUCAUCAACCCGCGGCUCCACUUCACUACACCCCUGCAGGCCGGUCUCUUCUACCUGGCCCCCGGGUGCGGGUACCUGGCGGCCACGUUCUUCGGCGGCCGCAACGCCGACCGCGUCGUCAAGGCGUGGAUCCGCAAGCGCAACGGCGUCCGCCGUCCACAAGACCGCCUGCGCGCGGCCAUGCCGUGGAUGGGCAUCGGCACGCCGGCGUGCAUGCUCAUCUACGGCUGGUGCCUGCAGUACGACAAGGGCGGCAUUGCCCUGCUGGUCGUCGUCAUGUUCGUCCAGGGCUUCACGCAGCUCAUGAUCUUCCCGGCCAUCAACACCUACUGCAUCGACGUCGUGCCCGGGCGCUCGACCGAGGUAUUGGGCGGCAACUUUUUCAUUCGCUACAUGUUUGGCGCGGCGGGCACAGCACUGGCCAUUCCGGCAACGGACGCCAUUGGCAUUGGCUGGUUCUGCACGAUAUCGACGGCCUUUAUUCUGGUGACGUUUGCCGGCGUCAUGUUGGUGAUCUACGACAAGGUACCGCUUGCUGCUAAGCUAAACCCAGACGGGACGGCCAAGGAGAAGGUGGAAGAGAACAGGAGGUGA